AUGGAUAUCAUGGCAAAUUCUCUGUAUCCGGACAGUGAGGGCUUCGUUUUCAAGAUGUUUGGAACGAACUUAGCUGAGCAAUCGCAAAGUGGUAGGAGUUCAUCGAGAAGGUCGAUUUUUUAUGAAUCACAGACACUAUCAUAUCAAGAGUGGGACUUUGCGUUCAUGGUGUCCGAUUCGCUCGUUGUGACGAGUAGGAUAAACAGUUAUUUCACGGGAACCUCGUAUGUACUCGCUGAUGAGCCACUUGUUUUACUAACCGGUAUUCGCGUCGAAAUUCACACAAAACCAGGAGAUGCAGCUGAAUUUUGUCAAGCUGAUAGAGUAAAAGAAAGACGCUGCUAUACAAUUCGCUUUCUCGACCUGUUACGACGGGGGUUAGGACAAUUCGUCUCAAGUAUAGCCUUGCACACAACUUCUUUUUGUCGCAUAAGCUGUUGCAUGCUUUUUGAGCACAGGAGCAACAGCUCUGCUUGUCUCAUCUCCUCAACCAUAAAUGACAUUUCUUCGUUGAAUGACUCAUGAUCUUCAGUAAUCAUGAUGUCUGGAUUAGCGUUGCAGGAACUGGAAGAAUUGCAUUGGAAUCUAACGUUCUUAUACUCCUGUGCCAUUAAUUUUUAUAUCAAGUCCGUCUUUUCGAUGGCAUAGUUCAGA